GUAUCCCACUCAUAGAGCGCGAGGCUCCGCGGCACGCGCGCACACGCUCUCACUCACACACUCACGCACCCAAUCACACACACACUGAACCAGCCGAGAGAGGGAAGAAUGAGGAAGAACUCGCACGCACAUUUCAGCUCUCACAGAUUUGCUGAUAAAGCAUCAGAUAUUUGAUCGCUACGGGUCUGUUUUGGAAAAACACGCGUGUAUGGAAAUCGAAAGGCGCAUAUAGUAUUUGCGUGGGUCUCUAAUCUUUCUCGCGUCUCCUAUAUAAAAACCUAAACUAAUGCGAGCUGGGAUACUACUGACGGCUUCCGACACGCACUGUCUCCGUUAACAUUCCUGCUGCCCGUUUUCCCGACUACUUCACGGAACACCGUUACGCAGAAGUUUGUUGCCGAGCAAAGAACGAUGAGGCAUCGUAAGACCUCCCCACGUCUCUUCCUGAGCUUUCAGUGUCUAGUCAUCGUGGUGAUAUUGUUCUACAAAGUCCACCAUGUGACAGCGGAACAUGCUCCAGACCACAGCCAGGAUCAUAGCUCUCCUUCCAACAAGUCUUUGAGCUGUGGUGGGUCAGUUUCAUGUGCCGCAGGAGUCAUCCUUCCAGUGUGGGAGCCCCCAAACCCUUCGUUUGGAGAUAAGGUAGCCCGGGCCACGGUAUACUUUGUGGCACUGGUGUACAUGUUUCUGGGAGUUUCAAUUGUUGCUGACCGCUUCAUGGCAUCCAUUGAGGUCAUUACCUCUCAGGAGAAAGAGAUCACCAUUAAGAAACCCAAUGGUGAAACUACCACUACAACUGUACGCAUCUGGAAUGAAACUGUGUCCAACCUCACCCUCAUGGCUCUUGGUUCUUCAGCUCCUGAGAUUCUGCUCUCAGUCAUUGAAGUGUGCGGCCAUAACUUUGAAGCUGGUGACCUCGGACCCUCUACCAUUGUCGGCAGUGCAGCUUUCAAUAUGUUUGUCAUUAUUGGAAUCUGUGUCUAUGUGGUGCCUGACGGAGAGCAACGCAAAGUGAAACAUCUCCGUGUUUUCUUCGUCACUGCGGCUUGGAGCAUCUUCGCCUACUUGUGGCUCUACCUGAUUUUGGCUGUUAUUUCUCCAGGCGUGGUACAGGUGUGGGAGGGUCUUCUCACUCUUUUCUUCUUUCCUAUUUGCGUGGUCUUUGCUUGGAUCGCUGAUCGCCGCCUCCUGUUUUACAAGUAUGUUUACAAGCGCUACCGAGCUGGCAAGCACCGUGGCAUGAUCAUCGAGACGGAGGGGGACCGCCCUCUUCCAUCCAAGGUGGAUAUCGAGAUGGACGGAAAGAUGCUGAACUCUCAUGCGGUGGACUUCUUGGAUGGAACUCUCGCUUUGGAACUGGAGGACAAAGACCUAGAUGAGGACGAAGCAAGACGUGAAAUGGCGAAGAUCCUGAAGGAACUGAAGCAGAAACAUCCCGAUAAAGAGGUGGAGCAGUUGAUUGAACUUGCUAAUUACCAGGUGCUCAGCCAGCAACAGAAGAGCCGUGCAUUCUACCGAUGCCAAGCGACCCGCUUAAUGACUGGAGCAGGUAACAUCCUGAAGAAGCAUGCAGCGGACCAAGCUCGCAAAGCAGUGAGCAUGCAUGAGGUGCGAAGUGACACUGGAGAGAAUGACCCGAUUUCCAAGAUCUUUUUUGACCCUGGCUCUUACCAGUGCCUCGAAAACUGUGGAACUGUGGCUGUGAAUGUGAUCCGACGUGGAGGCGAUCUCAACCAGAUGGUGUCUGUGGAAUUCCGCACGGAAGAUGGAACCGCAAACGCUGGCUCAGAUUACGAAUUCACAGAAGGUACUGUCGUUUUCAAGCCAGGUGAGACGCAAAAGGAAAUCCGAGUUGGAAUUAUUGAUGAUGACAUCUUUGAAGAGGACGAGAACUUCCUCAUCCACCUCAGUAAUGUCCGUGUGCUUCACGAGGGCGAUGAGCCAGAGACCACUGAAGCCAAUCACGUGGACACCAUUGCAACGCUCGGCGUGCCCUCCACAGCAACCGUCACCAUCUUUGACGAUGACCAUGCUGGAAUCUUCACGUUUGAAGAACCAGUCACCCAUGUUAGUGAGAGUGUGGGUGUCAUGGAAGUGAAGGUCCUGCGUACAUCUGGCGCCCGUGGGGUGGUGUCACUGCCAUAUAAAACCAUUGAGGGAACUGCGCGUGGAGGGGGAGAGGACUUCGAAGAUUCCCACGGUGUUCUGGAGUUCCAAAAUGAUGAAAUCUUGAAGGCGAUAUCAGUCAGGGUUCUCAAUCGAGAGGAAUACGAUAAGCAAUGCAGCUUUUGCAUAGAGCUACAGACGCCACUUUGGAGAAGGAGAGGAUGGACAGUAUACAGAGAUGAGGAGAAAGAGACGGGGCAGGAAGAGGCAGAGCCUUUGACCGGCGAAGAGGAAGAGGAACGACGCAUCGCUGAAAUGGGGAAGCCAAUGCUAGGAGAUCACCCUAAACUGGAGGUUAUCAUUGAGGAAUCUUAUGAAUUCAAGAAUACAGUUGAUAAGCUGAUUAAAAAGACAAACUUGGCUCUUCUGGUUGGCACCAACAGUUGGAGGGACCAGUUCAUCGAGGCCAUCACAGUCAGCGCUGGUGAGGAUGAUGACGACGAAGAAUGCGGAGAGGAGAAGCUCCCCUCCUGCUUCGAUUACGUCAUGCAUUUCCUCACGGUCUUCUGGAAAGUUCUCUUUGCCUUUGUCCCGCCCACUGAUUACUGGAACGGGUGGGCUUGUUUCGUGGUGUCAAUCAUUAUGAUUGGCGUUCUGACGGCUUUCAUUGGAGACCUGGCAUCCCACUUCGGCUGCACCAUCGGACUCAAAGACUCUGUCACGGCAGUGGUGUUCGUAGCGCUGGGAACUUCAGUGCCAGACACCUUUGCCAGUAAAGUGGCAGCGAUACAGGAUCAGUACGCCGAUGCAUCCAUUGGAAACGUGACGGGCAGCAAUGCCGUGAACGUCUUCUUGGGCAUCGGGGUGGCCUGGUCCAUUGCCGCCAUCUACCACAACUCAAAGGGCCACGAGUUCAAGGUGGAGCCGGGUAACCUGGCAUUCUCUGUCACCCUCUUCACCAUUUUCGCCUUUAUCUGCGUGGCGGUGCUCAUGUACCGCCGCCGGCCCGACAUCGGCGGAGAGCUGGGGGGUCCGCGGACUGCUAAAGGGCUGACCACCAUGCUCUUCGUCAGCCUCUGGCUCCUCUACAUCCUGUUCUCCUCUCUGGAGGCUUACUGCCACAUCAAGGGCUUCUAAACACACGUACACGCGCUCACACACGCAUAUACACGCAGAACUACACACCUUCACACAGUGACACACACGAUCAUGCAUUCUGUGGAAAAAUACGCAAAGACUAAAAGGUAAAGACUAAAGACUGCAGAGGAAGGCAACAGCGGCGGACUCGGUUUCGGGUUCACGAGGAUAAUCGUUUUCCGCAGACCAUCGGCCCGUUCUUCUGUUCUCUCAACACGCCAUUCCUUCAUCCUCAUCUUCCUCCGUUUGUUGUGUGACUGCAUCUGAUUGGACGGGGUGUGACCAUUGUGUUUAAACAUCAAAUCUAGACUAUGAAAGCUACUAUUGCUACCUUUAACUACUGUAGUUGUGCUUUUUUAACCUAAACCAGUAUAAAAGCCACGUGGGACCGUGGAAAUCUGUAAGCUCCCCUAAUAGUGCCAUGGAACUCUGGGGUCAUGUGGCUGUGUGUUAUAGGUUUGUUAUCUUAACGGGGACUGAGCGGUACUAUAAUUUUGCUUGGGUGAUUUUUCAGACACACUACUUUGUGUUUACAAAUGAUGUAAUCGGAGCGGUCCUAAACAGCUUUUGUUGUUCUCAAGAGCAGCUUGCAGCUCCCGUGAAGGCCAGUUUUUAUCCCGCUCUUGCACUGGUGCAGUUCAUUCCCAUUAAGAAAGAGAAUAACAAUAAGGAGAGUGCCAGGUCUAAUCUCUCCCGGCGCUUAAGACCAGAGGUGCACUAGUGCAAGACUUUGAUUUAAAAGCCUUGAUCUGACUCUCUCAAAGAUCGUAGAGCGCUAUCGAAAGAGCUCAAGUUAAGGAACAUACUGAAUUUUCGAAUACAAAGCCAUUGUGGUUUGUUACUGAUUCAAUUAUUAAUUUAUGCAAUCGAUGGACCUUGUGUGAAGUCAGCGUAGUGAAGAUAAUCCAGCAUGUGACAUGCUUUUGCCAACAUCACAUCGAGAGUUUACAAUUAUGACUGUUACUUCCGUCCAAACAUACACGCAUACAUUUACGGACACUCACUACGAGAAAUACGCAAAACCAGUGGCCAUACUUUCAGCGAAUUUGUUCUCAGACAAACAAUUUGCAAGCAUGUGUAAUCGGUAGUCUUUUGCUUGAUAAACUUGCUCAUACAGAUACAGUCAGUCACUCAUCUAUGUGGAGUUUACGAGGGCACGCUUUCCCUCCAACCCUGCUGAGAUUGCUUCUUUGUACUUUGUAGAUUCGCUGCAUACGGAGCUGUAAGGUAAAUCUCAUAGAAUAGUCACGGUUUUAGACGUAGGUCGAUUUUAAAAGCAGAAAUUGUAGAACUAAUCUGAAUUUGACUCUAAACAUCUUUAGGAUAGCAUGGUUUAACACAAAUGAACUGGGAAGAAAAAAAAAAACAUAGCUCGGUUUUAAAUUUUGCAAAUGCAAUUGCAGGAUUUUUCACUCUCCUUUCCAAAGUUCGAUUUUCAGUUUUAGUGGGUAAGUAAAUACAUGAAAUAUGUUUCUGGACUGAGCACAGUAGAUCUGACGUAGAUAUUUUGGACUUCGUCUAUUGUGUAGUUUGCGCCAAAUUUGCCAAAGGGAAAAUCUUUCUAAUGGAGAAACGCAGUGUGCCACACAGCCCCUGAAGUGGGUUUUGUAUUUCCAAUCGUACCUUUUUUACCCACACCAAAAAUGUCCUUGCAAGGAUAAAGAGGCCUUGGUGACAUUUCUUGUAGGUGUUUGUACUGAAGGGAUCCAGCCUACAGCUCUUUUACCGCAUCUGAACACCUUUUCUUGUAACGGAAGAGUGUUUUUAAAGGGAUUCUGUGUUGGGGUUUGUAGUUUCAGAAGCUUGAUUUUGAAAGAGAAGUAAAAUUUAGCUUGAAUUGCUGUUUAUCCUUUUCUUUAUGGUUGUUUGUUUAGUUUCGUUUAACAUUUUGAAUGAAAGGAAACUAUACUGUACCAGCUUCAGGGCAUUUCCAUAGGAAGCCUUCGAUGAUGACCUUCAAUCCCUGAUGAAGAUGGUCCGCUGUUGCUUGCUAAUUCUAAGAUCCACAAGAAAGAGACUACAAACAAAGAAGGACGAAACCAACAUCAAUAAAAAGACUUUUUCCUGAGGCCUAUUAUCUAUUUAAUCAAUAAACAAACAGAUGAAGUUGGAGUGAAGUUAGUGAAACCAUGUGAAUUACAGCCAUACCAAGUUCUGCCGAGAAGACUUUCACGGACUCUUGCUGUACGUGCUUCUGGCUAGCCGUCACACCAACAGACCGCAAGUGCGCCUCUCCGCACGGGGCGUUAAAAACUGUACAUGGUCUCUACGGUUUAUACUGUAUAUGUAUUUGCUUUGGCAGAGCAGGGGUCAGCAAUUUUGCGUCUGUGCUCUAUGGUCUGUAAAUCAGGGCGUGGCUGCAUUGGAACCGCCCCCCUGUGGAACAUAGCCCCUCCCCUUACCCGUCCCCUUGUUUGCCAUGUCCAUAUUUGGAAUGUUAAUGUGCUUCGUGUUGACAAUGCAUGGAUGCUAACCUGUCUGUAUAUAGUACGCAGAAUCCCCUUCAUUAAUGUAGUCGACAGAGGUUUGAAAGCUGUAUAGAUAUUUCGAUUUUUGUUUUGUUCGUUUGUUUGCUUGUUUGUUUGAUUUUCCUGUCUGUAAGUUGAACACAUUGAAAUGUGUUUGUUUUGUUUCGUCUUUUGUUUGUUUCGUUUUUUUUUUCAACUUGCACAUGUAUAUUAAAAAGGCAGUAUCUGUCGUUUAGUACAGGAGCACAUGUACAAACGAAGGAAGCAAUAUAUCAAGGCCCUUUGCUUGGUUGUUGCAAUGGUUAUAUUAUUUAACAGUAUGAAAUAUUUUGUCACUGAAGCGUUCAGGCGUGUAUGUAUAUACUGUACAGUAGAAUGAAGGCAGAGUAACCGCUCUGCCGUUAUCAAAGAGAGAAUACAACGUAUUUAUUUGAGACUUCAGAAUGACAAAUAUUGCCUUUUGGAUUGAUUGUUGCAUAGAGCUUGUUUUGUUCUAGUUUCUUCGCUGAGCAGUGUAUGCGUGUGUGUGUGUGAGUGUGCGCGAGUGUGUAUUUGUUUGGUUGGUCUGGAGCAGUCUGUGAUAUUUGUAAGAAUUAAGGUAACAUAUAGUCCGUUAUUUAUCUGCUCCGAGUCUGUAAACCAUCUUGCAAAAAUCAGUGAACCAUCUGGAAAAUGUCUGUAAAACAUUAGGAGAAUGUGUGUGAAGCGUCAGGGUUUGCCUUGUGUAUGUCUUACAUUCCUAAACCCCCCCUUUCUUCCUCACUGCUCAGAUGGACUCUAGCCUUUCAGGGGUUUAAUACUAAUCUUUGAUAAUAUUAUUUCCUCCUCUUCCCCCUCUCUCUAUCACUCUCUUUCUCUCUCUCCAAUCCAAGGCCUCACUAACAUCUUGCAUUAAUGUGCCCAGUGAAAUUAUGUAGGCUGUAUGUCGUAACCAAUCUCAGUGUAUAUGUGUAACAAUGUUCCUGGUAUUCCUGAACAGUGCGUAUAUGUGUGUAAAUGUCUACAUAUCACUUAUUUAUAAUGUAUAAAUUUAUAGCAUGUAUAAAGGUUUGCAAAACCACUUAUACUGCAGAGAAUAUUGAUCUUAACUAAGUCAUUUUGUCUUGUUUUCCAGUAAUAAAUAUCUAGAAAUCUAAAACGAUUAUUUUUUUAUUGUCGUUUCAAGCAUAAAAACGAAUACAAUUUAAUGAGAUCUAAUCUUAAAAACAAGAGGAUAAAAUAUAGUAAUUAAAAUGAAUAUUUAUACAGGAAAACAAGACAAACAUUGUUUUUUGCAGUGUAAACAACAUGGCAGAAAGCUCUCAUGCCAAAGCAGGAUUGAAUGUAUUGUAUGUAACGUAAUAGCUGGUCUAAAUGAAGGCUAUGUUUUAUUAUCUUAUCUGUCUUGUACAGAUCGAGGGGCUCAAUUCAUUGUGUGUGUUUGAUCGCUGUAAGCUAAUGCUGAGAGUCAUGUUAAUGCAAGUGUGUGUGGCCUUGUGGCAUAGUGUGUCUUACACAGUCCUCUUGUCAUGGGCUUAUUAAAGCUGACUCUAUUUUCCUCCUCUCUCUUAUCUUCUCUCUUCUUUCUCUCUUGCACUUUUCGCUUUGUUUCACACUGUUUCGUUUUGAUUGUUAGGUUGUUUUAAUUUCAAUCGGAAUAAUUAAAUAUGAGAUUUUUUUUGUUUGUUUUUCGUUUUGAUUUAUUUUUGUGUUGCACUCAAUCUAAUAAGAUGGACGUCCACUAACUGUGAUUGCUCCCCUAGUACACCUCUACACAGGAAAUAAAGUUUGGGAUAUCCUGUUUAGAGCCAA